CGUUUGGUUGACAUCGUCUGCAACAAGAAAACGAAGACAUUCAAAAUGUGUUGGUCGGCAAACUGUUCGAAGAUAAUUUUGAUUGUUUUCAAUGGUAUAUUCUUGGUACUUGGAGUGGGCCUGGUGGGGCUUGGCGUGUUUGCAAGUUUCACAAAGACAGAGUACCAUGAUCUCAUAGGCGCUUCGAUGAUCCAGAUCUGCACGUAUGCCGUCAUUGGCGUGGGAGCGGUUGUGGCCCUCGUCGCUAUGGCAGGCUGUGUUGGGGCCCUAACGUUCAACCGGAAAUUGCUCAUUAUGUACGUGAUUUUACUGACCAUUAUCUUCUUGAUCGAAGCAGCUUGUGGAGUGAUCGGCUUUCUGUAUUACGAUAAGGUAGGAGCAGAGCUUGGGGAUGAGUUGAGAAAGGCCAUGAAGACUAAGUAUGGUGAAGCCGAAUACAACAUUAUCACCGUCGCUAUCGACACAAUGCAACAAGAGCUGUCCUGUUGCGGAUUUAAUAAUCCCGGUGACUGGGCGGAUUCGACGUUUAAAACGAACAACCCUGGUGUGGACACGCCCAUAUCCUGUUGCGUCGACAUGAACGUGGCCAACUGUAACACGGACGAUACAGCAAACACUGUGAACAAGGACGGCUGUUCUGAGACCAUUAAGACAUUUCUGAAGACCAACUUGCUUGCUGUCGGCAUUGCCUGUGUUGUAAUUGCCCUAAUACAGCUCAUUGGAGUGGUGUUGGCCAUUGUGCUUUGUAAAGCCAGUAAACAACAAGAAGUGGAAUUCUGAUUCUUUAAGAUGCUGCCAUCUGCCAAAUUAUCCGAAGAUCUUUG